UUUUCCGACUCCAUCUCUUUAGCACUGCAGUCACGACCGGUUCUUUGGUCGAACCGCACACGUUUGAAUUCUAAACGUUUCCUUGUUUACUUAUUCAUUGAACCUGGUCAAUAUUUUACAGUUAAGAUAUUUGGUAGGUCUAGGUACUUUAAAUAUAUUUUAAAGAAAUUAUACAUUGGGUUGCAUGAUGGAGGCAAAUGGACACACGUUUUUGGACAAAGUUCUGGGAAUCGUUAAACAAGAGUCAGGUCAAGAGACUCCUCUUCUCCAAUUCAAGCAUCCAAAGGAAUUAGAGGAAAUAUUACGCGAAGAUCUGGACAUAUCGAAUCAGCUAAAUGACCGGGAGCUCGAGACAACCGUACGAAAAGUGCUACGGUACAGUGUGAAGACGAACAAGCCAACGUUCAGAAACCAACUGUAUGGCGGGACGGAUCCAUACGGCCUCGCUGGAGCAUGGAUUGCAGAAGCGUUUAAUACUAGUCAAUAUACAUUUGAAGUUGCGCCAGUUUUCACCCUCAUAGAGUUGAAAGUUCUCGACCAUAUCCUCAAGCUUUUUGGUAUUCCUAAAGGAGACGGUAUCUUUAGUCCCGGAGGAAGCAUAUCGAUGCUGUACGCGCUAGUCGCUGCCCGGUUUAAGGCAUUUCCUGAAAUUAAGAGGAAGGGUAUGCGUGGUUUGCCUGAGAUGGUCAUUUUUACUUCUGAAGAUAGCCAUUAUUCCAUAAUGAAAGCAGCACAUUGGCUCGGCUUUGGUACAGAGAAUGUCAAAGUAAUAGAGACAAAUGACCGAGGUCAGAUGUUAACGUCAGAACUAGAGUCAGCUCUCCAGCAAGAGUUGGUAAAUGGAAAGUAUCCUGUUAUGGUUAAUGCAACCGCUGGUACUACUGUGCUAGGAGCUAUUGAUGAUCUAAACACUGUGGCUACGGUUUGCGAAAAAUAUGGUGUGUGGAUGCAUGUCGAUGCGUGCUGGGGAGGAAGUUUGAUGCUAUCAAAAAAGAUUCGAAACAAGUUGCAAGGGAUAGAACGUGCCAAUUCAAUAUCAUGGAAUCCACACAAAAUGAUGGGAGUGCCGCUGCAAUGUUCAGUAUUCCUUCUUCGAGAAAAGGGUUUAUUGCACGAGGCAAAUGCAGCCGCAGCACAGUAUUUGUUUCAACAAGAUAAGUUUUAUGAUGUCAGCUAUGACACUGGGGAUAAGAGCAUCCAGUGUGGGAGAAAGAUCGAUGCGUUUAAACUGUGGAUGAUAUGGAAAGCUCGUGGAGAUAUAGGCCUCAGUCAUCUCACAGACCAUGUGAUGGAAAUAGCGAAGUUCUGCAUCCAAACAGUUGCUCGUAAAGACGGUUUCAGACUUGUCUCAGCAUAUUUACAGUGCCCUAAUGUAUGCUUCUGGUACAUUCCGAGUUUCAUGAGAAAGAAAGAGGAAAAUCAAGAGUGGUGGGAAAUUAUGCAUAAGAUCACUCCAAAAAUCAAGGAACAGUUGAUGCUCACUUCUCGAGUAAUGGUCGCAUACUCUCCUCUGCGACAAAGGAAGAACUUCUUCCGAUUAGCGUUCACCUUCCAUCCCAUUCUCGAAAAGAAACAGGUGCUCGACAUACUACAAGCUAUAGAGGAAUGCGGAGAAUUGAUUACCUUGGCGAUGUUGUAACUUUAAUGUUAUUUAAGAGUAGUUUAGACAUUUCUGGCUUAUUCUAUUGUAAAUAAGAAUCGAUACGGUUAACUUUUUGACUACGAAAAAAAAGUAAAGGUGUUGCUCAAGUUAGUUUUCAUACCUUUGAUGAAGUUAAAAUUGUGCUGAAACCCUGACUUAUGCAAUCUAUUUUCCUUUAAUUAAUGUUCAAAGUUUAACGGUAACCGUAAUCUAGCAGAUAAUAUCUACUUACUCAUGUGACGUAACUUCCGCCUGAUGUGCAUUGAUUUAGAUGGAUUGAUGAUAAUGAAUUUAAUAAUAUUAUGUAUUCUAAAACAGUUACCACCACGAAAAUUUAAAUAAUCAUAAGGUAAUUUAGAUGUUCAUGGUUGACACCAAUUGCAAAUGGUAGCAAAUAAUUUGUUUAGUAAUUGAUUGUAAUAGUAGUAGGUUCUAACCGUCUGUAAAAAUUGUAUAUAAAUAUUUGAUUAAGUUAAGUAGGUAGGUAACUACAUAAUAAUAAGCCUGAUUUAUUUGAAUACUAUUACUGAAGUUUUGUAAGAUUUUGUAAACUAAAGAGUAAAAGGUACUUACU